AAAAACAAUUCUCUAUACUCAGAGACCACUCCCCCACCUACCUCGACAAUUGCAUAAACCCCAUUUCAACGAGCCAAAAUCUUGAACCAAGAUUCCAUAAAAAUUCAAUCUUGCUAAAUUGCGCGACUCACAAGCAAGCGCUGGAACUCGAUUUCAAGAAUGGACGACGAAGACGGACUCCCCCUCCAAGCCCAGAAAGAAAAAGUCGCCAAAAUUGGAAUGUUUGGCCAAAUUCUCAGCCCUUUCAGCUGGCUGAAGAGGCUGAGCGAUGAGCUGCACUGGAGCUUCGUUUUGGGGGUGGUGAUCGUGUACGGAAUCAAUCAAGGGAUUGGGUUAGCGCUGAGCCGAGUGGGGACGCAGUAUUACAUGAAAGAUGAGCAGAAAUUGCAGCCCUCUGAAGCUCAGGUCUACCACGCCAUGAUUAUGAUGCCUUGGAUUGUCAAGCCUCUGUGGGGCCUUCUCACCGAUAUUGUUCCCAUUGCGGGGCGAAGGCGCCGCCCUUAUUUCGUAUUUGCUGGUGCAGUAAGCGUCGUUUCCAUGAUUAUUUUAUCCCUCAAAAAGGACAUGUACCUUGGAUUGGCUUUGCUGCUCCUAAUAUGUGGGAGUGCUGGUGCUGCAAUUGGAGAUGUUACUAUCGAUGCCUGUGUUACUGAAAACAGUAUUGCCCAUCCUUCUCUUGCCGGAGAGAUGCAGAGCUUGUGCGGGUUGUGCUCGUCAAUGGGGCAGUUAAUUGGAUUCAUAAGUAGUGGCUUUUUAGUUCAUCUAAUUGGAUCCAAGGGUGCGUUAGGAGUCCUCAGCAUACCAGCUACACUCGUGAUUGUGGUGGGAAUCAUUAUACAGGAGCCGGUGAUCAGAAAUGUUUCUUAUAAGCGAGUUAGUCAAAAGUUUCAGGAUGCUGGUCGAGCCAUGUGGAUAGCUCUCAGAUCACCUGUUGUUUGGAGGCCUUGUUUAUACAUGUACCUGUCACUAGCUGUCAGCCUCCACAUACACGAAGGAAUGUUUUAUUGGUAUACCGAUGCGCCAAAUGGUCCUUCUUUCUCACAGGAGGCGGUUGGAUCAAUAUCAGCUGUUGGUGCGGUUGGCUCUCUUUUAGGUGUUCUGCUCUAUCAAAAUGCUUUUAGGAUGCAACCUUUCCGCCGAGUGCUUCUGCUGGCACAGUUGCUGUAUGGUGCAUCAGGAAUGAUCGACUUGAUGCUGGUUUUGCGUAUAAACUUGAUAGUUGGGGUUCCGGAUUAUGUAGUCGUUGUAUUUGAUGCAGCCGUCACUCACAUGAUUGGCCGUCUUAAAUGGAUGCCUCUUCUUGUGCUGAGUUCGAAGCUCUGUCCCUCUGGGAUAGAAGGCACGUUCUUUGCCUUGCUCAUGUCAAUCGAUCAUGUAGGCUCAUUUACGGCAUCUUGGUGUGGAGGCCUCUUGCUUCACACUCUAAACGUAACCAGGACGACGUUUGAUAAUCUCUGGUUGGCCAUAUUGAUAAGGAGCCUUUGUCGACUACUCCCCAUAGGGAUUCUUUUCUUGAUCCCCAGUACGGACCCCAACGUGGCUAUUCUUCCAGCUGACAUGUUGAUGUCAAAGAGAGGUGAGGGCUUAUCCGAACCGGCUAACACGGAAAUGGAAUCUCUCAUCAGCAGGACUGGUCAUAGCUCACAACACUCAUAAGAAAUACGACAACCACGGCUAGCGAAGAGGAUCGAUACAGCAGCUGGAGAACGGUGGCUUCACCUCCUUAAACCUUCACCGUCUGUCAAUUUCGUCGGAUAACGCCAGACGCCUCUAACAUCGAGACAUGCUUUACAGGCAUAGGAAAUUCAGAGAUUCCUCUUGAAAAAUAUAACAUCAUUUGUGGUGAAUAUGCAGAAACAAUUCGCUCUUGUCAUUUUGUUUGUCUGUAACUGAUGUUAAUGUACUUCUAUGAUUAAUUUAUAACUAUCUUUGUCCA